AUGAACUAUGCGUCGCCCGCCAAUAUCUUACACACUGCAUUGACGUGUAGCGCAGCGCCUGCAUUGAACGCCAUCUGGACCGACGAGUUCAUUUUCACGACGAUCGCGGACCCCCGCCUUGGUCAGUACGGCUCGAAGACCGGGAUCGUAUCUUCGCAAACGUGCACUCCCUCUACUACUACCCUCUCAUCGGUGCAAUAUACCUGCAAGCUCGCAAUCCUAGUAGGCCGCGUUAUGUCAUCGUCAACACCAUCGAGGGUGCACUCGGCACGUACAAAGUCCCAUAUAUCAUUCCUGUUUCUCCGCGGAAACUCGCACAAGCUUGCCAAAGGCUGUCUCGUCGCCGGCCGCGGCAUGAACGCUACCGCCGCCCACAUCUACAUCCGCGGCGAGCUCAUUCAAGAAGCGCGCCACCUCCAGCAAACUAUCGACGAGGCGUACAAAGCCGGUUUCAUCGGAAGGGACGCUUGCGAGGAGACGGAGCUUACUGCGAGAAGCGAGGGGAAGCAGGGAAGGCUGCGUUUGAAGCCGCCGUUUGCGGCUGACGUCGGCUUGUCUGGUUGCUCGACCGCCGCCGCAAACGUCGAGACUGUCGCCGUUGCACCUACCAUUGCACGGCGCGGCAGGGCGUGGUCUGCGGGCUUCGGACGCGAGCGUCACCCGUGCACCAAGCUAUUCUGUGUCUCGGGCCACGUCAACGGCCCGUGCGUCGAUGAGGAGGAGAUUUCGAUCCCGUUGAAGGAUCUCAUCGAGAAGUACCGCGGUGGUGUACGCGGUGGAGGGGAGAACUUGUUGGUUAUCGUACCGGGUGGCUCGUCCGUGCCGAUUAUUCCAAAGAAUACUUGCGCGCAGGUCCUGAUGGACGACGACUCGCUCACGGACGCGCAGACCGGUCUUGAGACGGGUGCUGUCAUUGUCAUGGCCAAGUCCACCGACCUCGUCGCCGCCAUUGCCCGCUUCGCUCCCUUCUACAAGCACGAGUCGUGUGUCGCGAGGGCGCGAGGGCACAACCUGGACGAUGAACGUGAUGGACAGGUUCAGGGGAGGACCGCAAAUGCGCACGCAAAAUCGGCAUGCUCCUCGAACUCUCCAAGCAGGCCGAAGGCUGCACAAUCUAUGCCCGCGGCGACGCAGCAACCUGGCCCAUGCGCCAUCCCCGCCCGCUCGCCGAGAACCGUAUCUCCCGCUUCCGCGCCACGAACCGUCUGGUUAUGUUCGGUGGACGGCUCGCGACACAUGUGGACCUCCGGAUGGCGUUGCCGGAUAAUUCGGGCGCGAGGUUGA